AUGAAGCCAAUGCUGUGCAGCUACUUGCUUGUAUCCAUUUUCCCAUUCUGCUCAGCGGAGCUUUACCGGGAGAAGGCAGAGAGAAUCAUGACCGAGACUCCUCUAAUAGACGGACACAACGACCUCCCCUGGCAGCUGCUGAAAAAGUUUAACAACAGGCUAAGUGUGGCACCGGCAAACCUCACCCUGCUGAACGACACCCACACCAACAUCCCCAAGCUGCAGAGCGGGCACGUGGGGGGGCAGUUCUGGGCGGCUUACGUGCCCUGCGAUACCCAGAACAAAGACGCAGUGAAGCGAACGCUGGAGCAGAUCGACGUCAUUCACCGCAUGUGUGACAAGUACCCCGAGGCCUUUUCAUGUGUCACCAGCAGCACAGGCAUAGAAGACGCCUUCCGAGCAAAGAAGGUUGCCAGCUUGAUUGGCGUGGAGGGCGGCCACUCCCUGGACAGCAGCCUGGGCGCCCUGCGGAUGUUCUACCGGCUGGGGGUGCGCUACAUGACCCUCACCCACAGCUGCAACACCCCCUGGGUGGACAACUGGCUGGUGGACACGGACCAGGAGCAGCCCGUCCACAACGGCCUGUCGCAAUUCGGGAAGCGCGUGGUCUGGGAAAUGAACCGCCUGGGCAUGCUGGUCGACCUGGCCCACGUGUCUGUGCAGACGAUGGAGGACGCCCUGGAGGUUUCCAAAGCUCCUGUUAUAUUCAGCCACUCGUCAGCCUACGAGCUCUGCAGAAACAGGCGCAACGUGCCCGACGACAUCCUCCGCAGGGUGAACCAGCUGGGCGGCCUGGUGAUGGUGAACUUCUACAACAUGUACGUGUCCUGCAACAAGGCAGCUGCCAACCUGUCCCAGGUCGCAGAUCACCUGGAUCACAUCAAGAAGGUGGCUGGCUCCGCUGCGGUUGGCUUUGGUGGGGACUACGAUGGCGUGUCCACGGUUCCCCAGGGGCUGGAGGAUGUUUCCAAAUACCCAGACUUGAUAGCUGAGUUACUGAGGAGGAACUGGACUGAAACCGAAGUGAAAGCUGCCCUUGCCGUGAACCUGCUGAGAGUCUUCAAGAAGGUGGAGGAGGUGAGGGACAGCCUGUCCCAGGAGCCACCUGACGAUGAGCCGAUUGCGUACGAGGAACUGGAAGGGCAGUGCAGAACCAGCUACGGGUACCCCUCCCGUGCCAGCGCCAGCGCCAGCCCCCCCAGCGUGCUGCCAGCUGCUCUCAUCAUCCCCCUCCUUUACUCCCUCCUCCUGUAG